UAUGCGACUUAGCUUUAGCGUCCAACGGACCGUCUCUACUUUUUGUCGAUUUACAAACUUUCUGUAACUUUUGGAGUAAAUCCAACUUCUUGAGUUCGGCUCAGUAACUGUUAAAUGAAACUUUAGCUCAAGGAAAGCUAACAGAUGUGGAGACAACAGGCUAAAUAAGGACGGGAAGCUGCAGCGGAAGAAAUGUCGGAGUUUCUGAACAAGACGGGCCCAGAUCAUGAAGAGGAACUGUCUCGUUUAAAAGAAAAAAUGCAACAAAAUAAAAUCCUGGAUGCUGUUUUGAACCCCAGAGUUCUUCUGCACAGAUUAGUGGUCCCUGCUGAUGUUCAUCAGACGGUGCUGAUUAAAGAAGAAGCUCCUGAAGAAUGGAGUUCUGGUGUGGACCAGAAGGACACAGAGACCCUCAACAUAAAGGAGGAAGAGGAGGAACUGAGGAUCAGUCUGGAUGUAGAGCAGCUCAGUGUGAAGGAGGAGACUGAUGACACCAGGUUCUCCUUCACUGCAGUUCCUUUGACGAGUGAGGAUGAUGAAGAGAAACCUCCGUCCUCUCAGCUUCAUCAGCACCAAGUGGAAGAUGGAGAUCUUCCAACCAGCAGCUCAGCUGACCAGAUGAAAGCAGCAACUGGUGGAGAAGAUUGUGGAGGAUCAGAAAUAUCAAGGCUUCUGGAAAAAUCAGCUGCAGAUUAUGAAGAGAAACAUUCGUAUUUAAAGGAAAAGGAGCAACAAAACCAAAUCCUGGAUGCUGAUUUCAGUGACAACGUUCAUCACUACAAAUUAGUGUUCCCUGCAGAUGUUCAGCAGAUGAUGCUGAUUGUAGCAGAAGGUUCUGAAGAAUGGAGGUCUGAUGUGGACCAGAAGGACACAGAGCUCUUCCAUAUGAAACUUCAUGAGCACCAAGUGGAAGAUGAAUAUCUUCCAACCAGCAGCUCAGCUGACCAGAUGAAUGCAGCAACUGUUGGAGAGGACUGUGGAGGAGCAGGAACUACCAGGAACUCGGAUCUAAAUACUCGUGAAGGUGAUUCCAGCUCUUCAGCGACUGACGUCAGUGAGGAUGAUGAUGAAUAUGUAAAUGAUACUGAGUCUCAGAUUAAAGACUCUUCAGACUCUGGAUCAGAACCUGAAGACCAUGACAAAGACUGGAAGGAGAGCAGGACUCCUGAGUGGGGUGUAAACACUGUCAACAAAUCUUGCAGCUUCUCUGCGUGUGAUAUACAAUUUCUCCACAAGAAGUCUGUUCAGAGAAACAAGACAGGUCAUUCGAGAAUAAAUUCAAGUUGUUUAGUUAGUGAGAAAUGUUUUAGAGGAAAGAAACCUGGAGACUCAAACAAGAAUUGCCAGUCAAGACAGAAAUCAUCUAGUUGUGAUGACUGUGGAAAAAAAAUUAACAGAAAAGCUCAUUUAAACAUACACAUGAAAAUCCACACAGAACAGAAACCAUUUGCUUGUGGUGUUUGUGGACAAAGGCUUGGACAUAAAUCUACUUUAAAGAUGCACAUGAGAAUCCACACAGGACAGAAACCAUUUGCUUGUGAUGUUUGCGGACAAAUGUUUAGACAGAAGCCACAUUUAAACAUGCACAUGAGAAUCCACACAGGACAGAAACCAUUUACUUGUGAUGUUUGUGGACACAAGUUUAGAGACAGGUCAACUUUAAAUGGUCACAUGUUAAUCCACACAGGACAUAAACAAUUUGCUUGUGAUGUUUGUGGACAAAGGUUUGGACGGAAGUCAACUUUAAAUAGACACAUAACAAUCCACACAGGACAGAAACCAUUUGCUUGUGAUGUUUGUGGACAAAGGUUUGGACAGAAGUCACAUUUAAACAUGCACAUGAGAAUCCACACAGGACAGAAACCAUUUACUUGUUAUGUUUGUGGACACAAUUUUAGAGACAAAUCAACUUUAAAGUGUCACAUGAUAAUCCACACAGGACAGAAACAAUUUGCUUGUGAUGUUUGUGGACGAAGUUUUGGACGGAAGUCAACUUUAAACAGACACAUGACAAUCCACACAGGAUAGAAACCAUUUGCUUGUGAUGUUUGUGGACAAAGGUAUGGACAUAAAUCUACUUUAAGGAUACACAUGAGAAUCCACCCGUGACAAAAACCAUUUGCUUGUCAUGUUUGUGGACAAAAGUUCAGUCAAGUGUCAAAUUUAAACAAACACAGGAAAGUCCACACAGGAAGAAAAUAAUGUUU